AUGUCCGCCGAUCCCCUUUCCGAGUCGAAUCCCUCCUUCUCCAUGUCUUCCUACAUGGUUCCCGAGACCGACCCCUCCUAUGAGACCGAUGACGAUCUCGCAUCCCUUCCUUCGGAGUCUACAACAGAUACCGAUCUCGAGACGCUCUCCGACUAUUCGGACGCAGAAGCUGAGUGGCGGGAGAGCAUUGAACAGCUAGAGUUGCUUCUCACAAUGGUACUGGUUCCGUUCAUCGGAAAGUACGUGGGCCGACGAUGUGCAUAUUGGAGUUGGACCAGAUUCAUGCAAUGGAAGUACCCUGUCGAAGUGGUCGUGCAGAACCCGACUCUCUUCAAGGGAACCGGAGCAGUAGUGGCUGCGGCCGGUCUGUGA